AGGAGCAUGCAGGACUUCUUUGGGCUGGAGGUGACAGGCAGGCUGGACUCGAACACCCUGGAGGUGAUGGCCAAGCCCCGAUGUGGGGUCACAGACGUGUCCCGCUACGGACACUUCCAGGGCAAGCCCCACUGGAAGCAGAGCAUCGUCACUUACAGAAUUACUGAGUACACGCAUGACCUGAGUCGGCGUGAGGUGGACUCCACCAUCGCCCAGGCCUUCAAGCUCUACAGCGACGUCAUCCCACUGGACUUCAAGCAGAUCUACAGUGACACCGCUGACAUCAUGAUCCUGUUUGGAGCCAAAUACCACGGUGACUUCUACCCCUUCGAUGGGCCGAAUGGUGUCUUGGCCCAUGCAAACUCUCCAGGAGAAGGUGAAGGUGGUGACACACACUUUGAUGAAGAUGAGUCUUGGACUCUGAGCCAGAGAGGGAUAAACCUGCUUCUGGUGGCGGCCCAUGAGUUUGGCCAUGCUCUUGGAUUGGACCACUCACGAGACAGCUCAGCUCUGAUGUACCCCACAUAUCACUUUGUGAACACAAAAGGAUACAGGUUACCUGCAGACGACAGGCGGGGAGUACAGGCCUUGUACGGUGUCCGGACAACACCAGGUCAGCCGGAACCAACAAGACCCAAGCCUAAACCAAAGCCCAAACCAGAACCUAAGCCUGAUCCUAAACCCAAGCCUAGACCAGAAUCCAGACCAAACCCUCCAGAAAGAUGCAACAGGAACCUUGUCUUUGAUGCUGCCAGUACCAUUCGGAGUGAGCUGUACUUCUUCAAAGAUGGGUAUUACUGGAAGAAGAGUGGCUAUUGGAAUGGAGUAAUGACGAAGACAGUGAAGGGAACCUGGCCUAGCAUUAGCCAUGUUGAUGCUGCAUAUGAAUACAAGGGUCGAGACAUCGCCUUACUAUUUGAAGGAAGAAGGUACUGGGGCACAAGAGGCCUUACCGUCCUAUCAGGUUAUCCCAAAUCCAUCUACAACUUUGGCUUCCCCUCAUACGUAACCAAGAUAGACUCUGCAGUUCAUGUGGCAUCCACAGGGAAAACCCUAUUCUUUGUGAGAAACAAAUACUGGAGCUUCAAUGAAAGGAUGAGCACAAUGGACCAUGGCUACCCCAGAAGAAUCUCCCAGGAUUUUCAUGGUAUUGGCAGGAAAGUUGAUGCUGCUUUUGAAAACCAUGGUUACCUGUACUUUUCAGAUGGCCCCAGGCAAACCGAAUACCACUAUCCAUCAAAGAGGGUGAACCGUGUCUUGUUGAACUAUGGAUGGCUGGACUGCUACUAA